AUGACAGGUAAAGGCAUCCAGUUUGGGUAUAUUGAUACCGGAGAGACAUAUGUUUUCCUCAACAUACCUGACGACCCAUCCUGUGUCUACUACUCCGUCUGCGUGCCAAGCCUAGACGUCCAAGAUGACGACGAGACUCGACUCCAUCGUACUGCUGUUGCGCAAGCCUUUACCUUUGCCAUCCGAUCGCCGCCGCCCUGUCAAGCCUGGCAUGACGCUGCUGAGCAUCUCGAUACAUGGGUCGUGGAGUAUGAGGAUGUAUUGCGGAGCAUCCCGGCAACAGAUUGGAAGCCGCGACGCGAGACUCCUUACAAAGCGCAACGGUGGAAAGGGCUUGUGCGCUCUCCGAUCCGGACACGCUCCCGAUGCUUGCCACCCCAGGACGGGGCACAACCGCCAACCGAUGACAGCGAUGACGAUGAUGACGAGAGUCCUUCCCCAACGCCAAACCCAACCGUUGGUCGCAGUGGCUUGAUCACAUCAACAGACGUCGGGUCGAGCGAGAUGCAGGAGCAUGAUGGAAGCGUAGCCUCACAAGAAGGUACCAUCGACCUCCAGGGGAUGUUUGUUCCGGUUUGUCUCGGUACUGUGCACCUUACCAAGCCCUAUUACUACGACAGCGGCGUGUAUAAAGACCUCAUGUUUCUCAGCUACGGCGGGCGACCAUUCUUGAAACAUUCGGGAGAAGUCAGUCCAGGUAUCGCCAACGAGAUUCUCGCCGCACUCGGUCGAUUGCAUCAACAUGGGGUCCUCCACCACGAUGCAGAGCCGCGCAACGUGCUUUAUGAUAAACGCGCUGACGGAUAUAUGAUUGUGGAUUUGAUGAUGGCAGAGUUCCAUGACCGACAACCUCUUGGACCCAUCAACGUCAAUGGUAGAAACCAGAAGAGGAAAUAG